UUCUACACGUAUUCCAUGGCUGAAAGCAAUAAUUUGAAAGUGACUGAAUUCAUCCUCUUGGGACUCACACAAAGUCCAGAGCUUCAAGCCUUUCUUUUCGGGAUCUUGCUAGUGAUCUACUUAAUUAGUGUCAUAGGUAAUCUUGGGUUAAUUAUGCUAAUUUAUAUCCAUUCUCAGCUUCACGCACCCAUGUAUUCUUUUCUCAGCAAUCUAGCUUUUGUUGCUUUUUGCUACACCUCCUCUGUCACCCCUAACACCCUGGUGAACUUCCUCCAAGAAAUUAAGAGAAUAUCCUUACCUGCUUGUGCCACUCAGUUGUGUUGCUUUAUCAUGUUUGUGGUCUGUGAAGUGUAUAUGCUCUCAAUCAUGGCGUAUGAUAGGUAUGUAGCCAUUUCUAAACCUUUACUCUAUACCAUUAUCAUGAACAGAAGGGUCUGUAUUCAAAUGGUGGUCACUACACAUUUGUAUGGCUUUUCUGUGGGACUCCUCCAGGCAAUUCUGACAUUCCACUUACCUUUCUGUAAUGCAAACAUAAUAAAUCACUUCUACUGUGAUGAUGUUCUGGUUGGUCUGGCCUGCCGUAAAACCCAUUGUAAAGAUAUCAAAGAACUGAUAUUGUUCACACUUGCUGCUUUCAAUACCCUUUUCUCUCUCUUUAUCGUCCUCAUCUGCAUAGUCAUUCUAUUUGCCAUUCUGAGGAUUAAUUCAGCUGAAGGCCAACAAAAGGCAUUUUCUACUUGUGCCUCCCACCUGACUUCAUCACCAUAUUUUAUGGUACCGUCAUCUUCAUUAUAUGCAGCCGAAACAAGCCAUUCUCUGGAUACUGACAAAAUAGCUUCUGUUUUCUAUAUUGUGGUGAUCCCCAUGAUGAAUCCUUUGAUAUACAGCCUGAGGAACCAGGAAGAAAAUGCUUUGAAGAGAAUUAUAGAAAAGGUGUGCUUUACUGUAAAAUAA